AUGGGCCUGCACAGUAACAGAAGGUAUAGCCUCACAGUGGACAUAACUCCUUCUCUCUUGUGUUUCCUUCAGGGAAAUAUGGGGACUCUGAUCAACAUGCAGCCCCUGUUUCUGCUCUUCCUGCUCCUGAAACCACUUCAAUUCGUGCUGAUAACCAAUGGUUCUUUAACAGAUAAAGAAUUUGAAGAGCAUUUAGAUGGUACAGGUCCUACCAGAGCACCUACCAAGGGAUUAUUCAAAGCCCAUGUCAUCAUUGAUUCUAAAAGACCAUUACAUGAUCCAACAUACUGUAGCGAUGAAAUGAAGAUAAAAAAUGCUCACCGUAGGCUUUAUUGUGUUAAGGAACAUUUCUUCCUUCAAGCAUCACAUGAGGACAUUCAUAUGAUCUGUCAUAACACGUUUGUGUCCUGUGGUGAAGAAGUUGAGAUGUGUUACAUGAGUAAGAAAAAAAUAGAAGCAGUGCAUUGUGUUUUAACAAGUGGGAUCAAGAUGCUAGAUUGUGAAUAUACUUCCUCUUAUGAGAAGGGAUGGGUCUUUAUCACUUGUCGAUGGCAAAAUGAUAUCAGAGAAGUUAUCCCUGAAUCUGUGGUUGGUAUGUUGACAUCCACCGGGAAAGUUCCUUUCCCCCACCAUUCUUAA